CUAUGAUGUAGUUUAGUUUCAGAGCCCUAUAAAAGGCCAUCUUCAGCCUUGACAGAGAGAAAACAGCUGCUGAGUUGCUGGUGAAUUCUCAGGAUUUAUAAGACUAUACAAGAAUAAUGAGUUCAUCCAAACUCCAGGAAAGUGAGGUGAGAAUCGAAAACUCUCUGAAUAAAAAUGAGCAGGACUUUAUAGCCAGAAGGAAAAGGACUGUCCAACAAAGCCUGCAGAAACAUGGGAUAAUCUGCAGUUUGGAGGAAGUGCCAAACAUUGCAUUACUGGGAUCUGGAGGAGGAGAAAGAGCCAUGGUGGGUUUGCUGGGAUCCCUGGUUCAGCUCCAGAAAACAGAUCUUCUGGACUGUGUCCUUUAUCUGAGCGGAGUAUCUGGAUCCACUUGGUGUAUGGCCUCCUUAUAUCAGGAGUCAGACUGGUCCACCAAACUAGAGUUUGUAAAAAACAAGAUCAUCCAGAGACUCGGCGGUCCUGCAGUCUGCUGGGGAGAUUCAUUGGCCAAACUGGAGAAAUAUUACUAUGAGAAAGACAUCUUCAGCUUAACUGACUUCUGGGCAGCAAUGGUCGUCACAACAUAUGUGAAAGAGAUCGAUGAACAACCAUUCACAAAGUAUUGGAGCCAGGAGAGUAAAGACCCGUUUCCCAUCUACACAGUGAUCGACAAGCAAUGCAAACAGAUGAAGGAAGGAGACCCCUGGUUCGAGUUCACUCCACAUGAAGCAGGUUAUUCCCUCAUUGGAGCGUUUGUGGACAGCUCCAGCUUUGGCAGUCAGUUUGAAAAAGGCUCCAUGAUCAAGAAGCAGCCUGAGAUUGACAUGCUGUACCUGCAAGGUCUGUGCGGGAGCGCUUCAGCUGAUGGAGACGAGAAUCUGAAACUCCUCUGGCAAAAGAUAAAAGAUUUCAUAAAUCAUUUAAUCCCCCCUGAGGGAAUGGUGAAAGAAGAUCCAGACUCCAGGAAGUGUUUCCAGGUGCUCUUGGACCUUGUGGACAUGAAUCUCUGUGUUUUGGAUGGCAAAGAUCCUUCUGCUCUUGAGGACACCAUCAGAACUUCAGUGAACAACCUCGAUGGAGGCAAACGUCAGCUGAUUUUUCAAGUUGAGAAACUGGAUCUCGCUGAUAAAAAAGCUGCAAAACUGUAUAUGAAGAAUUUCACCAUGGAUGUAUGCAACAAUUUGAGUGUUGGGUUCAGUUUCUGGCCGUUCGAUCUUAUCAAGAGCAUUUUGAAAUGCGCGAGUGAGUGGAUUUGGGGCAGGACAUAUGACUUUCUCCACAACAUGACAGCUAAAGCAGUGCCCCCCGCUCUACUGAAAAGUGAGAUGAGAGACUAUGAAGACGCGGGACUGUUGCUCAACUCGCCCUACUUCUCAGUGCUGAGAAAAGAGAGAAACACCGAACUCAUCAUUUCCCUGGAUUUCAGUGAUGGUGAUCCUUUCACGACCGUGAAGGACGCUGCCAAGAUGUGCAAGGAACAAAACAUCCCUUUCCCUGAGGUCAUCAUUCCCCACGGACACUCAGAGAAACCGGAGGACUUCUACGUGUUCAAAGGCAAAAACGUUCCAACCGUGAUUCACAUCCCUCUCUUUAAUGUGGUCAACUGUGGAGAUAAAAUUGAGGACUGGAGGAAGAUAUAUGGCACGUUUCAAGAUCCUUACAGCGCUGAGAUGAUCACUGAGCUUAAAGAGGUCGCUGGACAAAACAUCUCCAACAAUAAAGCAAAAGUGGUGGACGAGAUUCGUGCGAUCAUUGAGCAAAAAAGAUCCAAGCGCUAACAAGAUCAAAUUUAACACGCAACUCAAUACACAACUUAUAACAAUCUAAAUACCGACUAAAUUUAACUACAUAGAUGAUUUAACAAAUGUAUUUUCUCUCUUUAAUAAUCACUUAAAAUUGAUAGGCAAUAAUGAGUUUGUUUGCCCAUAAAACCUUUAAGAUAUUCUCUAAGAUCUCUAAGAUAUUAGGAUAAACUUAUUUGGCUUACUGUCCACUGGAGAGGGGCUCGAUGAAGCCGCUUUAACUCGAGCUCGGAUAGACGCCCCCAGUGGCGAAAUGUAGGACCUGAUGAUUAAAGGGCGAGGGACCUAAGGUGAAGGUGGAGUUUGGGGAGGUGAGGGAUUCUGGGACAGCUGAUGCUAGGGAGAGGUGAGCGGCUGCUUAUGUAUUCAGGCUGUUAAUUGAAAGAUUAGAUUGGCUCACUUAUGUUUAGGAACUUCAUUUAUUACUUUUUCUGCAAAAUGUGAUUUGUGUGCCAUUAUAAGAUAAUCAGAGGUUGGUAAAGUUGGUGCUUCAUUUCUGUUCAUUUCAUGUUUCAAUCUGUUUCUUCAUGAUGGACCUUUAUUAACAGCUUAUCAUUAAUAAGAAAAUCAGCAAAAUAUCGUAUUAGCUACUUUGACAAAUAUUGUAUUCUUGUCAGUAAUUGUUUCUGUUCCAAUAUAUUAAUAAAGUGCUUAA